CAGCAGACAGGAAGAACGACUCCCGUGAACAGCCCUCUGAUACGCGUUCAAGCGCGGCUCUUCAAUCCGCGCGUUCACGAUACCGGUACACUCGCUGCAUGAUGGCCGAGGGAGGCGGACCCGAGUCGGGCGGCGCGGCAGACUCCGACUCGGAGCCGGUAGCCGCUCAAAUGCCAACCCCUUCAACAGAAAGUCAAAAACAGGCUAUUGGGUCUCUUUUGAAAACAACUUUAAGAAAGGGUGACGAAUGGUAUCUAAUAGACAGCCGAUGGUUCAAACAAUGGAAGAAGUAUGUUGGGUUUGACAGCUGGGACAUGUACAAUGUUGGAGAACGUAGCCUCUAUCCAGGACCAAUUGAUAACUCUGGACUGUUUUCAGACCAGGAGACUCAGGCCCUGAAAGAGCACCUUAUAGAUGAGCUUGACUAUGUCCUUGUACCCACUGAGGCAUGGAAUAAGCUUGUCAGCUGGUAUGGCUGUCUUGAUGGCCAGAGACCCAUUGUUCGUAAGGUUGUUGAACACGGCAUGUUUGUCAAGCACUGUAAGGUGGAGGUCUAUUUGCUGGAGCUUAACUUGUGUGAGAAUGACAACAUGGACAAGGUGAUCACACGCCAUUUUAGUAAAGCUGAUACUAUAGACACAAUAGAGAAGGAGAUGAGGACGCUGUUCAAUAUCCCAUCAGAGAAGGAGACACGGCUUUGGAACAAAUACAUGAGCAACACCUACGAGCAGCUGAACAAGCCAGACAGCACAGUACAGGAUGCUGGUCUCUUCCAGGGGCAGGUGCUUGUGAUCGAGCGGAAGAAUGAGGAUGGCACGUGGCCCAGACAAGCCUCUCAUCCCAAAUCCAGUACAACCCCAUCAAGGAACUUCACUACCUCCCCAAAACUCUCCUCCAACUCCACAGCCAGUAUCUCCUCCACAGUAACCAACGGAGACAGCAGCCCUGGCUACACACUUAACAACAGCACCACCUCUGUCAACAGAUUGGGAGGCUAUAAUUCAUACAGCUCCUCCUACAACUACAGAGAGUCCCAGUCACAGCCUGGACUAUGUGGUCUCAGUAACUUGGGAAACACAUGCUUCAUGAACUCUGCCCUCCAGUGCCUGAGCAACGCAUCCCCACUUACAGAGUACUUCCUAGAAGACCAAUAUGAGGCAGAGAUAAACCGAGAGAAUCCUCUGGGAAUGAGGGGAGAGAUCGCAGAGGCUUAUGCUGAUCUAGUAAAGCAGAUGUGGCUGAGCCGCAGCAGCUAUGUGGCUCCACGCACCUUCAAAACCCAGGUGGGGCGCUUUGCCCCCCAGUUUUCAGGUUACCAGCAGCAGGACUCACAGGAGCUGUUGGCCUUUCUGCUGGACGGACUCCAUGAAGACUUGAACCGCGUCAAGAAGAAGCCUUAUCUGGCCCUAAGGGAUGCAGAGGGCCGACCAGAUGAGAUUGUUGCCAAGGAAGCUUGGACAAACCACCGCUUGCGCAACGAUUCAAUCAUAGUGGAUAUUUUCCACGGCCUCUUCAAAUCCACUUUGGUGUGCCCAGAGUGCUCCAAGGUGUCUGUAACAUUUGACCCAUUCUGCUACCUCACACUGCCUCUGCCCAUGAAGAAGGACCGAACGAUGGAGGUUUUUCUGGUGCGAUCAGACCCUCAGUCCCGACCCACACAGUAUCGAGUUGUGGUCCCUAAACUCGGUACAGUGUCAGAUCUGUGCAGCGCCUUGUCUAAACUCUGUGGUUUCCCUCCUGAAAAUAUGGUGGUGGCUGACGUUUACAAUCAUAGGUUCCAUAAAAUUUACAGACGAGAUGAUGGCCUCAACCAAAUCAUGGAAAAAGAUGACAUCUUUGUGUAUGAGGUACAGGAAGAGGACAGUGAGAGGAUGAACCUGCCUGUGUACUUCAGGGAGCGCCACUCCAAGCAUGCAGGAAGCUCUGCCAGCACAAUGCUGUUUGGUCAGCCUUUACUUAUCACCGUGCCCCGACAUAACCUAAUCGCAGACGUUCUUUACGACAAAAUCUUUGAGAGGAUCGGACGCUAUGUAAAGCAGUCUCACAGCCCUAACAGUGAAAGCAGGUCUUCAGCCUCAGCCACCUUCACCAGUUGCAGCCAGGCUCCUGAAUGUUCCACAUCGUCCAGCUUGGGAGGCUGUGGUAGCCCCCUGUCAGAUGGGGCGUCCUGCAGUGCCAGCUCCAGCAAUGGCAGCAACCACUCAGGGACCUGCAAUGAAACUAAUGGGCUUUAUGAUGGUGAGGAGGAGGCUAUGGACCACCAGGUGAGUCCAGAUCCAGAGAACGGCCAGUCUGAAGAGGAGGAAGAGGACACCUCUGACUUGGAAAAUGGGUCAAAAGGAGUUUCAGCCAAGCAGUGCUCUUCGUCAGCCAAACUCUUCACCUUUAGCAUAGUGAACUCAUAUGGAACAGCCAACAUCAGCCCGCUGCCUUGUGACGGAAAUGUCCUCAAACUCAAUCCACAUUCCACAGUGGCCAUCGACUGGGACACAGAGUCAAAGAAACUGUGUUAUGAUGAGCAGGAAGCUGAGGCCUAUGAAAAGCAUGAGAGCAUGCUUCAGCCCCAGAAAAAGAAGGCCACCGUGGCUCUGAGGGAAUGCAUUGAGCUCUUCACAACCAUGGAGACACUUGGAGAACAUGAUCCAUGGUAUUGUCCAACAUGUAAGAAACACCAACAAGCCACAAAAAAGUUUGACUUGUGGUCGCUGCCUCGCAUUCUUGUAGUUCACCUGAAGCGUUUCUCCUACAACCGGUGUUGGAGGGACAAGCUGGACACGGUGGUGGACUUCCCCAUCAGGGAUCUAAACAUGUCCGAGUUUGUAUGUGACCCUAAGGCCGGCCCUUACACGUAUGACCUCAUCGCCGUGUCAAACCACUAUGGAGGAAUGGGAGGGGGUCACUACACAGCUUAUGGCAAGAAUAAGGUGGAUGGAAAGUGGUAUUACUUUGAUGAUAGCAGCGUUUCCUCUGCCACAGAAGACCAGAUUGUGACUAAAGCAGCCUACGUGCUGUUCUAUCAGCGCAGAGACGAGGAAACCCCCUCCAAACCUCAGCCUUCGGCCUCGCUGGGAGGAGCCCCAGAAACAGCCGAAGACCAAAUGGACACAAACUGAAGAGCCCUAAUGAGACGGGACACGCACUGAAACACCCACGGCAAAUAGAGACACUUUGACGCACACACAAAGCUACUUUAGAAACAGAGGACUCCACAUGGACUCAUCAUCAAUAACCCUCCCCUCCCUGUGUUUUGAUUUGAUUUCUGUCUCGUACAUUGUCAAAUAGAGCCAACAGCCUUGUCAGGAGUCUAACCAGAGGCACUUUCUCUCUGCAGUGGGUGCUCUUCUGAUUCAUAGUUUACUAGAAUGGAACUCAGAGGAGUUUAAAUGCAUAAAGAUCCUCUCACUGGAUAAACAGAAUGUUAGAAGUGCCCUCAAAUGCGUAGGUAAACAAAUGUUUCUGUUGCCCCUAACAACAGUCAGAAAUAUUUAAAAAGCCAAAUGAAAAUGUUUUUUCAACCAAAGCAUACCAAGGUGUUCAUGGUUAAAUGAACCAGCUUUUUAGUUUUCUCUUUCUGCAGGAUUCUGGCAUUGUGCCUAGAUUUCUCUGAUAAUCUUGCUGUGUUGAUAGCAGACUUUAUCAGUGUGAUGCGCACACAAAACAUCACUAAAUGUGCUUGUUGAAAGAAUCCAUCUCCCCUCCUCCAUCUGCGCAGAGUGAACCACUGAUGGGGAUCUUGUUGCUGCUGAACUGCUGUGGCAGCUGUUCUACUGGCUUGCCAGGUUCUGUGUUCGGUUUAAACCAUAAAGCGGGUGGUGUCUUGUUUUACAACAUUUUAAGAUCUGCGUUUCGACAUCAGUUUUGGCAGAAGCAGUGUAACCUUGUUCCUGGUCUGCCAUCUUUUUUUCUCUCCAUGGCACACAGUUAGGUGUAAAGUUGCAAGAGAAAUCUCACCCCACUAACAAUUUUAUUUUCCUUUUUUUUGUAAUCACAAUGCAAACGCGGCCUUUUAAUUCCUGCGACCUGACAAAAAAGGAGGCACUUUGAAUUCUCCAUGAGUACAUUAUCUACCUGCUUCUUGGGUAUCUAGCCAUGACAGAAUUGUAUGGUUUGGCCUUAGCAUAAAGAGUUAUGGUCUGUCAUACACUUCCAGAUCAUUUUUAAUGUGUCUUAUAAGAAUUUUUGAUUGCUGCCUGAUUGGACCCCAAGCUCACAUGCAAUGGCUUGUCCUUAGUCUUGUACAUUACUGCAGCUCUGUAUUGAAAUGGCUCUGUUAUUUGAUAUCUUCAAAGCACACUGAGUGACGCAUAAUAAACUAGUAUAAAAGUGG